UCCAGGCCAUGGCCAGUGCAGCUGUGGGGACUGCCUGUGUGACUCGGACUGGACCGGCUACUACUGCAACUGCACCACGCGCACGGACACCUGCAUGUCCGGCAAUGGGUUGCUGUGCAGCGGCCGCGGCAAGUGUGAGUGUGGCAGCUGCGUGUGCAUCCAGCCCGGCUCCUACGGGGACACCUGCGAGAAGUGCCCCACCUGCCCCGAUGCCUGCACCUUUAAGAAGGAGUGUGUGGAGUGUAAGAAAUUUGACCGAGGAGCCCUCCAUGAGGACAAUACCUGCAACCGUUACUGUCGUGAUGAAAUCGAGUCUGUGAAGGAACUUAAGGAUACUGGGAAGGAUGCAGUGAAUUGUACAUACAAGAAUGAGGAUGACUGUGUCGUCAGAUUCCAGUACUAUGAAGACUCGAGUGGAAAGUCCAUUCUCUAUGUGGUAGAAGAGCCAGGUGAGUGAACCCUAAGGGCCAUG